AGAGACCAUGAAGGCACUAGUUUCCUCGUCUUAUAUUUGUCUUUCAAAGUGAAAAUGGCUUCUAAGACAUUUCUUCUUCUUGCCCUUGUUUUUGCUGUGGUUCUUCUAAUUACCUCAGAAGUAGCCGCUAGAGACUUAGCCUCCAACCAUGACGGUGAGGUUGAUGGCCGUAGUGGAUACAACCGCGGUGGCAGUGGACAUGGAGGGUACAACAAUGGCGGCGGACAUGGAGGGUACAACAACGGCGGCGGACAUGGAGGGUACAACAACGGGGGCGGACAUGGAGGGUACAACAACGGCGGUGGACAUGGAGGGUACAACAACGGUGGUGGACAUGGAGGGUACAACAACGGCGGCGGACAUGGAGGGUACAACAACGGCGGCGGACAUGGAGGGUACAACAACGGCGGCGGACAUGGAGGGUACAACAACGGUGGUGGACAUGGAGGAUACAACGUUGGGGGACGUGAAGGAUAUAACGGUGGGGGACAUGGAGGGUACAACAAAGGCGGCGGACAUGGGGGAUACAACGGUGGUGGACGUGGAGGAUACAACGGUGGUGGACUUGGAGGGCAUGGCAAAGGUAGUGGUGGCCAUGGAGGGCAUGGCAAAGGUGGUGGUGGUGAAGAGGCAACUGCUUACAAAGAAACUCAAAACUGAUGAUAAGCAUAUUCGAGCUGGAUGAAACAUAUAUAAUUUCAUGAGUCGAGUAUUAUAAGAAUGUUUUAUCUUGCAUCAUCAGUACAUACUCCUUAUAUAUGUAAUACUUGGCAUGACUCCUUGUGUGUAUAGAAUAAAUUAAUAAGAGUGUACUUUUACUCCAACUUUA